AGCUUCCAAGUUGAUUUUGAUAGUGAUUUGAUCAGUUUUCUUCUGCAUGUUUAUUUAUUUGUUUUAGUUUGUUCUCAUCUCCUUUUGUUUCCCCUGUCAGAUCUGAUUUUUCUAAAAUUUUGUUAUUUUGUUUUCAAAAUUUUAAAACAAGCUCAAAUGAUAAAAUAGAUUGUUAGUAUAAAACUUUGAUUUAAUACAAACUGAUUAUUAUUGUUGUUUCCGGUAAUUAUCUUUAAAAAAAUCAGUUUAUAUCAGAACAAAGUUUUAUACUAAUAAACUAAUUUUAUAAAUUGGGUGAACUUUAAUAUCAAGUUUCUUAGAAUCACUUUUUUUGUUUCUACUAUUGAUUAUAAUAUUUAUAAUUUGAAUAAUUGUUUAAAUAAGUGUGACUGAAGUGGUGAUUAAUUUACUUUGAGAUUGAAUCACAUUUUUACACUUUGUGAAAGUUACUCACAAUAAUGUGACUACAAAUGUUAUAAUAGAUGGAGUGAUUAGUUUGCUAGGAUAUUCAUCCUAUAAAACUUUGUUCAUAUGCUAAUGAAUCCUCAAUUCCAUCAACAAUCUGAGUUUUUAUUUUGCCAUUGUUAAUUCAAGUUUUAAAAUGUUUGUCUUUAAAGUUUGAAGCAAACUUCUGCUAUUCUGAUAGUAUGUGUUUGAAUUUUGUCUAAAUUUCUGGAUUGGGGUAUCUUUUAUGUUUGAAAGAAUUAAUAGUUGAGAUGUUAAAUGGUUAAUACAAUUUAUUCUCUCUAUAAGACUCAUCAAAACAAAAGCAAAAAGAUAUGGUCUCUUUACCCUUCACUCUUCCCUCAUAGGAUCUUCUUUUUCCAUCUUAACUUAAUUUGUAGAACAAAUUUAACUGUGCAGUUCCUCAAAAACAGAAAUGGCUCAAACAAGCUUACCUUUCAAAGUUGGGGAAACCAUAGAAGUAAGAUCUUUUGAAGGGGGAUACCGUGGAGCUUGGUUUCGUUGCAAGAUACUAAACAUAUACACGAAGGAGGAGAAAUUGUUCUACAGCUUGAAGUAUCUUGAUUAUGAUGAUGAAGAGAUACAUCACACACAAGUCUAUCAAUUGUUCGAAAAUGAGGAGAAAGAGUGGUUGAUGGUUCGACCAUCGUAUCCACCACAUUAUCAGGAGCGCAAAGUCCGUAAAAUCGAGGCUGACCAAGCACCUCUUGUUGUCGUUCAUGGCUCUUGGAAAGUUGGAGACUUGGUUGAUUGGUGGAAAGAUGACUGUUUCUGGUGUGCAAUAGUUUUGGCAGCGAAAAUGAAAGAACCAUUACAGAUUGAGUUGUUUCCACCACCACUCGGUGAAGGAGAAACUUAUGCAGCUUUGCAUAAGGACGUGCGUCCAACUUUGGAUUGGUCACUUGAAGAUGGCUGGACAGUGCCUUCUAAGGAUGGACGGAAAAGUCAAAGUGUUAAACUCGUGAAACGUGAGAAAGGAGUAGAUCAUGUACCCCAAGAUGUUUGCCAAACUGGAAAAGAGCAAACAGAGAAAGCCAAGAGGCAGAAGACAGAGAGAGCCAAGAAGAAGACAGAGAGAGCCAAGAAGCAGACGACAGAGAGGCACACGCAACAGACGACCGAGAGAAGCACGCAGCAGAAGACAGAGGGAGACAUGCAGCAGCAAGUGGAAGGCAUUGGAGAAAUUCGACAGAAUAUUGAUGAGUCAGAUUCAGUUGAAGCUGCAGUUUAUGACUUGGAAGAGCUCAUCGUUAGAAUUGAGUGGAUAAAAAAGAUGCUAAGCCCAGAUGUUGGAGAAGGCUCAACGUGGAAAUACCAAGAUUACCGCCCAUCUUCCAAGGGAAUGUGAAUUCAUAGUGGUGAUAGGUUUAGGAGGUGAAACUGCUAGUGAUGUUUGAUGAAGAACCGAUGUGAAAUGGGAAAGAGGCGUAGAGUUUUGUACAACAACCAGAAAAGACAUGAUGAUGUAUAGGUUGUGUAUAUAUUUUUCCAAGCGCCCUAAGAAGGCUAGUGACCUUCUUUUUUUUCUUUGUCACUUCUUUUGUACACAUGUUUUUACAUUUGUAUAAAGUUAAAUGAA